UCGUCUUUCUAAAUCACCUGAUGAGGAUCGCCGACAUCUUGACCUCCACUGUCGACGAAUCCGACGGCGACGAUCACUUCUCCAUGAUCAGCACUCCCAGAGUCGAAGGCCGUGGCAGAAAGGUCCACUGUGCCUUCCGGCGCCUGAUCCACUCUUGCCGUCUCCCGCUCUUGAACCUUUCGAAGAAGAGUGGGAAAGAGAAAGAGCAUGAUAGGACGGCGGCGGUGAAGAUUUCGGCGAGUGGAUUGGACGCCGGUGCAUCGUCGCCUGCGUCUUCGGUUCCUUUGUCUGGUGUCUCAGAACAGCAUAUAAAGGAGAUGUCUUUCAACUUGGGAGCGGGGUUUGGUUUGUUUUUCCUCGCUGCUGCAAGUAAACAUGAAUUUGAUAAGAUGAAGGAGUUGCGGACACAAAUGGAAGUGAUCCUUCAAGAUGUAAAAGAGGAAUUGCAGAGGAAACAUACAAUUUCUGGGUCUUCUGACUCAAACAAAACACCUGCUUAUUCAACCACCCGUGCACAAGAAGCUCCAAAUUUUGACAUUCAUCAUUCAUUUCAAAACCAUAGACGGUCAUACACUCUUCCAGAUUCAGAGAUCACAAUGAUGAGUAAUAAGUCAUCAACAUGUCAUGAACCGAGACAAGAAGAAUUUGCAGGAGAAAUGGAUCAGCUUGCAACAGAACUUGAAACUGAAUUGGAACUUUUGCAGCUCCGUUUGGACCAAGAACAUUUUCAGAAGCAUUCAAAGCAGCAGAGGGCAGAGAUCGCUGUUAAGGACACUUCUUCUGAAGGAAGUUUCAGCGUUGUACUUGGAGAAGAAGCUGAUUCUCAAGAGGCAGCUGAUGGAGACCAUCUUGGUGUUAGACCCAAUGAACUAGAGAGAAGGUUGUAUGAACUCCUGGAGACAAGACAGAAGGAACGGAUAAAUGAACUAGAAGCUGCAUUAGAAUACACCAAGCACAAGCUUCAUGAGAAAGAAAUAGAGGCCACUUGGUGGAAAGAUUCUGCAAGGCUUUUUUCUCUUCAAUAUCCAGAAACUUCACGGCUCUCUUCGGAACAUGAGAAGGACACUUCUCAGCUGUCAAGGUGACACAUACUUAUUGAAAUGUACAAAAGCUCUUGAAAAUAAGAUAUUGAAUGCCCAUGGAUGCAGAACUACAUUUGAUCUUGAUUAUACAUCAUCUGCCCUUUCUUAUUUCUGCUUGUAGAGUGAUGUUAUGUAUCCACAAAUUGAAACAGAGACUGAAGCGUAAAAGAAAAGAGAUUGGGAUUUGAAAUUUUGA